AUGGACUACAAGGUACUGAGGUACUGCGUGAUCGCUGGUGCCGUGCUGGGAGCUAUACUGGCUGUGCUGGGUGGUAUACUCAUUCCAAUAGGCGACAGCAUCAUUGAUGGCACCGUGAGAAAGGAAGCUGUCAUUGAAGUAGGAACUAUAGCCUAUGACAACUGGGUGUCAGCAGGAGCAGCUGUGUACAGGCAGUUUUGGCUGUUUGAUGUCUUAAACUCAGAGGACAUCAUAGCUAAUGGAUCCAAACCAGUUGUUGCUCAAAGGGGACCAUACACAUACAAGACACGUUUUCUACCCAAGGAGAACAUUACUUUCCACAGCAAUGAUACAGUGGAAUUCAUGCUGCCAGCCGGAGCCAUCUUUGAGCCCUCUAUGUCAGUGGGGUCAGAAGAGGAUGUUUUCACUGUGCUCAAUCUGGCUGUAGCAGGUUCCUACCCAGUCCUGCCCCAUGCUAUGCUUGAUUUGUUUAUGAGAUUAAGUAAUUCAUCCCUCUUCCAAAGGAGAAAUGUUAAAGAGCUGCUGUGGGGGUAUCCUGACCCCAUGCUGAAAACAGACCUGGGUGUGUUUCAUCCUUACAACGGUACGUACGAUGGACCCUACAAUGUUUUCACAGGCAAAGAUGACAUCUCAAAAGUAUCCAGGAUUGACAGAUGGCAAAGGGAACCGACUGUGUCUUUCUGGAAUGAUACUUAUUGCAACAUGAUCAAUGGCACAGAUGGGUCCUCCUUUGCUCCCUUUUUGGACAAGAGAGAACCAUUGUAUUUCUUCUCUUCUGAUAUCUGCAGGUCGGUGUCUGCGGAAUAUGUCAGCACUGAGAACCUGAAGGGAAUAGAGGUGUACCGCUAUAUGCUACCUGACAAAACUCUGGCUGCUCCCAGCGAAAACCCAGACAACAUGUGUUACUGUACCGAUUCACCGGUCAACCAAAACUGCAGCCUAGCUGGAGUUCUUGACGUUACCACAUGUCGAGGAAUUCCAGUCUUCAUAUCCCUGCCACACUUCCUGCAUGGCAGUGAAAGUCUGGUGCAGGCACUGGACGGGCUGAGUCCCAGUGAAGAGGAGCACUCCACAUUUCUGGACGUGGACCCAAUCACUGGCUUCACUCUGAAUUUUGCCAAAAGGCUUCAAAUGAAUAUGAUGUAUGGCCCAUCAACAGUUAUCAAAGAUUUGCUCAAAGUGAAGGAUUACACCGUAUUCCCUGUGCUGUGGCUGAAUGAAACAGCAUCCUUGGAUGAUGAGACAGCCAACAUGUUCAAGGCACAGCUAGUCACCCCAAUGAAGACACUAGAAAUAGUGCAGAUCACCCUGCUGGCCAUUGGCUGUAUCUUGUUUGUGAUCUGCACCAUAUGUGCAGUAAUAGUACCCUGGAAAGCAAAGGAAGACCUUAAUAAAACUUUUUAA